CCCCACCCUGCCCUGGCUGCUGUCUGAUAACGCAGAGAAGAGAAACAACACAGCUGCUGAGACCUGAACCAUUACAGCCAUUUUCUUCAGAACGCAGGAAUUAUUACUUUAUCUUAUUUACGAGGCAUUCUUUUUUCUUUUCUUUUUUGGUUAAAGGCUUUACUGAAGCGAUAAAAUGGUUGAUUAAGGCGCAUCUUUGUAGCCCACAUAAACAUUCUGGAUACUCAUCUGCAGUUAAUCCUGUAUUGUUCAGUGCAAUAAGCUGCAAUGCUGAAAAAGAAAGAAAAAGCUCUGAUUAAACAAACUUGGGAUAAACUGACUCCUGUGGCCGAAGAUAUUGGGGCAGAUGCGCUUCUUAGGAUGUUCGCCGCUUAUCCAGGCAGCAAGACGUACUUUUCCCACGUAGACAUCAGUCCCGGCUCUCCACACCUGCUCUCUCACGGGAAGAAGAUAGUCCUGGCCAUCGCGGAGGCAGCCAAAGACAUCAGUCAGCUGACCGUCACUCUGGCUCCUCUGCAAACCUUUCACGCCUACCAGCUUCGGAUAGACCCAACCAACUUCAAGCUGUUCUCACACUGUAUGCUCGUCACUCUGGCCUGUCACAUGGGAGAAGACUUCACGCCAACCGCACACGCUGCGAUGGACAAGUUCCUGUCAGCUUUCGCAGCUGUGCUCGCCGAGAAAUACAGAUAAGACUCAACCUCAUUAGAAGUAUAUGAAAGAUGUGCUAUUUAUUAAUAUAUAUUUAUUUAUCUGUAACUGUUGUCGUCAUGUAAUGUUUUGUAAUAAUAAACGUGCAAUUAACAUGUU